AUGCUUCUUUAUGAUACUUUAACUCCGUCCGGCCAUGGUCGCUUGGGUAAAUUAACUUCUCCACGUUCUAUUUCCUCCUUCUCUUCACGUCCCCUGAGAUACGCAGUGCUUGGUGCUGGCUUUGCUGGUCUCUCUGUUACUUGGCAUUUGCUGAAGAAGAGUUCAAAAGAGGAGGAAAUGAGAAUAGACAUAUAUGAUGACAUGGGUAUAGGAGGAGGUGCUUCUGGUGUUUCUGGUGGUCUCUUACACCCUUAUUCUCCUAAAGCUAAACUACUUUGGAGAGGAGCUGAGUGUUGGAAAGAAAGUUUAAUGCUUUUAAAUGUCGCGGAGAUGGCAGCUGGACUGUCGGGGCUGAAUGAUUUUGAUGAUGGUUUUAUUGUCAGGGGAAGGGGCAUCAUUAGACCGGCAGUAAACUCAAAGAAUUUGAAUGUAUUGACCGAUAAUUCUGAGCAUUGCGAUGCCAGUUGCACAAUUGAGAUCAUUGAUGAGGACACUGCCCAAAAGCUUGUACCAAAUAUACAUGUACCUCUUAACUCAGCCUUUUAUAUGCCUGAAGCUGUAAAUGUCAAUCCUCUGCGCUAUCUUCAGGCACUCUUCUUAGCAUGUCAAAAUGUAGUGAAGGAAUCAUCCAAUUUUAGCUAUGGAAAAAAAGAGCUAUGUUUGCACAAGAAAUCAGUCCGGAACCUCCUUGAAUUUGAAGGUGAAUAUGAUGCAGUGAUAAUCUGUCUAGGUGCCAAAGCAGACAUGCUACCGGAGCUCUCUGGGAGGCUUCCUUUGAGGACAUGCAGAGGUGUAAUUGCCCACCUGCAGUUGCCUGGUGAUAUAAGGGUUGAGGCAUGGAACGUAGGAUGGGGAGGGGGAAUUGUUUCGCUUGUUGGCAAAACUCAUCGAGUAGAUCACUGUUUCAGGGAAGAAUAUCCAGAUUAUGCCCCUUCAAUAUUAUCAGAUGCAUGGCUUGCCGUCCAGGGAAGCCAAAGUUUAUAUAUGGGCUCAACAUGGGAUUGGAAAUCAAGGAAUUCAUCUCCAAAUGUUUCAGCAGAUGAAGCUUCGAGAGCUCUUCAAGAGCUUCUGCCAAAGGUAUCAGCCUUUUAUCCAGCAAUAAAGGAUUGGACUUUCACGAAAGCAAGGGCAGGUUUGAGAGCAAUGCCACCACUAACUGCCCAUGGAUCACUUCCACUUUUGGGCCGUGUCAAUGAUUUUGUAGGAGAGGAUUUUACUUGUAAAUACUGGUUAUUUGGAGGACUUGGUUCAAGAGGUUUGUUGUAUCAUGCUUGGCUUGGAAAUUUGAUGGCGCAGGCUGUUAUUUCUUAUGGAUCAUGGAAUCUGGACUUCAACGAACCUUUCAACCCUCCGGAUAAGAGGUCGACAGCAGCAGUCAUGUGGGGACUCUCUAGAGUCGUAAUGACUCGUCUUCGUGCUGGUGAAAUGACAUCAACUCCUCUUUUCAUAUUGCCGAUGAAGACAAAUGAAUCAUCCCAACCCCAAGUUGCUCUGGUCCCAGAAAAAAGCAAGACAGAAGCUUCUUCGACACUUUGGUCCAGAAAAAUUGGAAGUACAAAUAAGGAUUUGAACCACUUAAUUGACAUGUUUUUGCAAAGGAGAAUCCUCAUUAGGCGUGAUGGGAAUGGUGGUCAAGCUCCAGGGAAGCUUGAGAUGGAGGUGGUUUGGGAGGUGAAUGGAUCAUAA